UGACAUCCAAGUCCCGACUGGAUUUCGCACUGCCUGGGAUCUUGGUUCAGCCACAGGACAGAGGCACCCUGGGACUUUUCAGUUAGUUUAUUCCGCAGCUUUGCCGCUUUCUCUUGAGCUCACUUCCUUAAAGGAGUCUUAAAUCUGGUUUGGAACCAUGCCUCUCUCUGGAACACCGGCUCCUCCCAACAAGAGGAAAAAAUCCACCAGAAUCAUCAGUGAUCUCUCCCAUAUCACUCAGGACGAGUACGAAUCCGAACCCGAGGCCUCAGAGUUUGACUUGGGGACAAAGAUCCGAGCCCCCAAAGACAUAAUGCUGGAGGAACUGUCCCUGCUGAAGAACAAGGGCUCCAAGAUGUUCAGAAUGAGACAGCAGCGCGUCGAGAAGUUCAUCUACGAGAACAACCCUGACAUCUUCAACAGUGACUCUAUGGAUAACCUCCAGAAGCUGGUACCCAGCCUUGGUGGCCAGAUGAUAGAUGUUGGUGGCCGUCUGGUUGGGGGACAUACUCUUGUCCAGACUGUUGGGGGUGGGUAUGCACCUGUACCCCCUCCCAAACCAGGACGCUUUGGCAAGGAGGCUGGAAGUGUGAUAACUGCAAGUGGAACGGCUAUAGGAAGUGGAAGAUCUGCAGCUGCAGGAGAAGGAGGGAAAGUCAGUGUAUCAACGGUGAUUUCACAGAGUGAUGAAACUGCCAAGGCUGCUUUAGAGAAGGCAAAAAAAAGAAAGGAAUAUGUGAAGACAUAUGUAUCACCAUGGGAACGAGCCAUGAAGGGCAAUGAGGAUCUCUUAAUUACUAUGAAGCCAUUCAUGCCGGGACCCUGUGCCCAUGGUGAUCUGCCCAAAUACAAGUGCUUCAACAGGUGCGCUAUGCCUUUUGGGGGCUUUGAGAAAGCUUCUCAGCUGAUGACCUUCCAGCUGCCAGACGUGGAGGCAGCAGUGGACGAGCCCGAGCCUGCCGUGGUGUACCAGCACGACAUCAACUCGCGACCCUCCUUCAACCGCACCCCUAUUGGCUGGGUGGGCAGCGGGGAAUCGGGCAACGUCCACUUGGCGAUGGAUGGCAUGCCAUUCGAUGGGGAGACUGAUGACCUGUGAAGAAUGAGCCUUCUUGGUCCUGCAACACCCGAGCUCACCCUAUAGUCACAUUUCCAAACCUGCUCCACCCCCCCACCCCCCCGAGCUCAUCUCCUUUUCAUUCUCUCUCUCUGUCACUCUUUCUCUGUCUCACUAUCUGUGACUCACUCUCUCUCUCACACACACGUACGCAAUCAUCUCAUGGAUCAGAUUUAGAACAUAUGUGACACACUGUGUGUGAAAUGUAUGACCUAUUGGCUGUCAAGCAUGGGCUUGCUUCAUAUAACAAACAUUUGUGAGACUGAAAGGUGUUUUCAAAUUAAGAAAUUGGAAAAACACCCAGUAAAAUAAUUAUAAGUGCAUCCAUUAUAAGUACAUGCCCAGUUUGUAUAUGCCAUCCCUUCCACAAUGUAAAAUGUAACCUUGUCGAAAUGUACCAUUUACCUGCAGUAUAUUAAGCGGUGCUCCAGUGAAGAGUUUUACGCAUGGAGUUGACGGAGAAAUUCUAAUGACUACGAGAUAUUGUUCUGGCUAGAAGAAAGAUGCUUUGCUCACUAUUUAUUUAAUUUUAGAGGAGGAGUGACAAACAUAUCCAUCUUUACUUUUUAACACUGGUGAAUUCCAGUGCUAUGGAGGCUGCUCCUAAACCACCUCUCCAGUGGUAAUACACAACUUCAAGUCCACACAGAAGUAGGUUGUCAUUUCAAAGUACUUUUAAAACUAGUUAACUACUUUGAAGCCACUUCAUAGAAGCAUUAUUAAAUGAGAAACAUUUUGGCUUGAUGAUGAUGGUGAUGAUGAUGAUGAUGAUGAUGAUGAUGAUGAUGUGAUAAUGGUGAUAGUUAGUCACAGCACCCAAUAACAUCUUGGCUUACUGCUGUGUGGCAUGUUGAUAUAAUAAAUGACCAGAUUUGAUUUGCUCCCAUACAUAGGCUCCCUUAAUCUGGGUUUAAGAUUACGUCUGAUUUCUGACCUCUGAUCUUACUCCUCAAAUCAAAUCCCCUGUUUAAUAAAGUAUUUGAUAGCUGA